GAGAUGGCAUUCAAAGGCAAAGCGGUCGAUUCGAAGACCGUGCUCUUCAAUCUGCUGCUGUGUCUGUUCAUAUUUUACUGUCUGUUCUACAUGAUUGGCAGCGUGUGUUUCGGUGCCUUCAGGUUGGAUCACUUUGAUGGACUGAUUCCAUUUGACUUUAAGACUGAGCCUACUGAAUCCAACUCCAAAUAUUUGGUGAACCUCCUUUCCUUGGAGCUCACCUACUUUUGUAGUGGCCUUUUGUUUGCUGCAGUGGUGAAGAGGCGAGUCUGGGACUAUGCUGUCACUGUGACGCUGCUGCAUGUAUUCAUCACCAGUCUAGUGAUGAUGGAGUUUCCCAUGGUGUGGCAGUGGUGGCUGGCUUUAGGCAGCGGCUUGUUUCUGAUGAUCUGCAAUGGUCAGCUGACAGCUUACUUCACCUGCCAGAGCGACCAGAGCUAUGCUUUUUUCAGCAUCUACUGA